AUGGCUGUUUGCGAUGGUGAGCCAAUGAUCAAGGCUCGUAUCAACCCUCAGCUUUGCGAGACAGCCUUACAGUGGGCGUCAGGACAGGACUUCACAUCUGCAGUGCUUAGCAGUCGCGUGGCCAUUGGCAGAGAAGGACUUGUGACCCGGACGCUUCGGAGACUUGAUGAGCUGAUGCGGGAGAUCACCUUCGUGCUUCGACAUGAUCUCGCAUCACCGGAGGCUGCUCAAGCGAUCCAGAACGCUCGUCUUUUAGCCCGACGUGGUGUGCUGGCUGCGCCCUCGGCAUAUUUGGGUGAGGCGGAGGACCGAGUUGCCGAGGAGAUUGAAGCAGAACCGCCAUGGCCCAAUCAAAUGUGGCCCCCAGGUCACCAAGGUGACCUAGAUCCCUUGGACCUGGGUUUCAGCCAGGCGGCUUGUAGUCGGAAGUUUCGGGCACCACCCGUGGCUGGAGGGCCGGAGCACAUCUUGGGUUUGGCGGCAGCUUUGUGCGAAGGAAGCAUUCGUUCCAGUGAUGUGAGACCAGAGAGCAUCUAUUGGUUUCGACAUCGCUUCUAUUCUCUGGACAAUCGCCGACUUGCAGCUUUCAGAUUGUUUCGACUGAAGUGUGAAGAUGCAAAGGUGCUGGUGAUCGUCUUGAACCGUCGCCAAGCCUUGGAACAGCUGUGGCUCAGAAAAUUUUCCACCGGCUUUACGGGUGGCCAAAAGAUUCGCAUCACCCAAACGGAUCGAUUUGUUGGCAUCACCCGAGAACAAUGCACCUAUGGAUGCAAUCUCUGGGGUGCAAAUUCCUGA